AUGGAUGUUGUCCUACAGAUCUUCAAGCGAAGCAUCUGUCCAGGCACUCCAUUUUUUGAGUCACUAGCUAAGAAGCCUCCCACGACGAUGGACGACUUGUUUCGACAUGCGAACAAAUACUCAAUGCUUGAAGAUGACGUGCGGGCAGCCACCCAGCAAGUGUUGGUUGCCGGACAGCCGUCCAAGGGUAAUACAGAAGGAAGCGCCAAACUUCCGGACAGGCCAAGGCCAUCCGAUCGAAGGCAAGAAGGGCCAAGUCGCCCGGAAAUGCCACCCCUCACACCUCUCUCCAUAACUUAUGAGAAGCUUCUCCCUAUGAUCCAAAGCAUGUCCGAUUUCAGGUGGCCUAGACCCCUCGGAUUGGAUCCAUCCAGAAGGGAUCAUAACAAGAAAUCCGCUUACCACAAGGAGCAUAGCCACACAACGGAGACAUGCAAAAGCCUUCAAUAUUUGGUGGAAAGGUUUAUAAAGGCGAGACAUUUAAGGCAAUACCUCCGCUCAUAUGCCAGAGAUAAAGACGCCUCCCGGAACCACAACUCUAGAGCCCCCGCGGUUCCAGCCGCCCCCAAAGCCGUCAUAAACUACAUUAAUGGAGGCCCAUCGGAUGAGGAGUUCAACUCCAAACGAAAAAGACAGAAAUUGUUGUGA